UCAAAGCAAGAUGGCAGCUGUUGUUGAGAAUGUUGUCAAACUGCUCGGGGAGCAGUACUACAGAGAUGCAAUGGAGCAAUGUCACAACUACAACGCCAGGCUCUGUGCUGAGAGGAGUGUCCGGAUGCCGUUCCUCGACUCACAGACCGGGGUUGCUCAGAGCAACUGCUACAUUUGGAUGGAGAAGAGACACAGGGGACCAGGCAUGGCUCCAGGGCAGCUGUACACCUACCCCUCCAGGAGGUGGAGGAAGAAACGGCGAUCUCAUCCUCGGGACGACCCCCGACUUGUCUUCCCUUCUGUCAAGUCAGAGGUGGAUUUAGCAGUGAAGAAGGACGCUGUGUUGUCGUCGGACGGCAGCAGCCUGGAGGCUCUGCUGAAGGGCGACUCCUUGGACAAACGUACGACCACAGAGAUCCGAGGGUCUGAAGAAGAUUCAAACACGAGUGAUUACACUGGAGUGUUGAACCCUGCAGCUCGGAUCAGAAAGAAAAUCGUCGAGCCUGACGACUUCCUGGACGACCUAGACGAUGAAGAUUAUGAGGAAGAUACACCUAAAAGAAGAGGCAAAGGGAAAGGGAAGGGUCGAGGAGUGGGCAGCAGCACCAGGAAGAAGCUGGACACAGCAGCACAGGAGGACAGGGACAAGCCGUUCGCCUGUGACACCUGUGGGAAGCGCUACAAGAACCGUCCCGGCCUGAGUUACCACUACGCCCACUCCCACCUGGCUGAGGAAGAGGGGGAGCAGAAGGAGGAGGUGGAGAUCCACGAGCCUGCCAGGCCGCUGCCAGAUGAGCCUAAAACUCCCAAGAAAGGCCCGGAUGGUCUCGCAUUGCCUAAUAAGUACUGUGAUUUCUGCCUGGGAGACUCCAAAACCAACCUAAAGACUGGUCAGUCCGAGGAGUUGGUGUCCUGCUCCGACUGUGGCCGCUCAGGCCACCCGUUUUGCCUGCAGUUCACGUCUGUGAUGAUGGCCGCCGUGAAGACGUACCACUGGCAGUGCAUCGAGUGCAAGUGCUGCAACAUCUGCGGAACCUCAGAGAACGACGAUCAGCUUCUGUUCUGUGACGACUGCGAUCGAGGCUAUCACAUGUACUGUCUCAACCCCCCCAUGUCUGAGCCUCCAGAGGGGAGCUGGAGCUGUCAUCUAUGUCUGGAACUGUUAAAAGACAAGGCUUCCAUCUACCAGACCCAGAACGCCCCCCCCUCGUGAUGGCCGUUCCUGCCCCUCACAAGCUCAUCACUCAACCAUCCCAGCAGCAAAUAUGUGGUUUAAAGCUUGACCGAGGAUGAGCUCCCCCUGACAAGCUGACCUCCAAGGGAGUGUGUUCAGAACGGGCAAAAAAUUGUGAAAAGGGAGGUUCACCUUACAGACAGGUCUCACUUAGCUUCAGAUAUGACUGUUACACAGUUACAAGCUCAGAUUUAGCCCCAGAGAUUUUUAUUUUCACCUCUUUGCCACAUAGCAAAUUUGAUUAGUGCUGAUUUUUUGGAUUCACAGCAUAAACAGCAAAAUAUUACUUAUUGUUCAGCCUUUCUACACAUACACAGAUAUAAAGUUGUUAAACCCUUGCCUCUAUUCUGCAGUGUACUGGAUUUAUUACUAGAGCAGGAUUAAAUAAGCAUGCCAAUGCUUGCUCAUCGUGAAAAAAAAAGUUUUAUAGUAUUUAUAUAUUUCUAUGGUAUAUAAUAGUGUUAAGUAUGUACAGAUUGGAAAAAGAAUGGUCAUGUAAUGGUCUUUAUAUUAGUGUCCAUCCCAUCAUUAUGGAAAAAUCCACAACCAUUUAUUUUCUUUUUGUGGCACUGCUGAUAUUUGAAGAUUAACUGUGUAGAGUCAAAGGGAUCUGCUGAGACUGCAAAAUACUUUCCAUCUCAUUCACCAACACACACAAACAAACCCAAACAGAGAUCACUAGUAGAAACCCUGACAUGCAUGUCAGAGUGGCUCCGAUGGCUGAAGGACUUCAGGGAUGGCAGGUUAGACUUGAAUCUGCUUGUUGACUCUUGGCUGCUGGUGGCUGGAGAUGCACAGAGUUCAAGAGGACGCACAAGGACACACCGACGUGUAUGUUGCAUUCAGUCUUUGGGGCCUUUGCUGACUACUGCAGCUGCACAGUUCAAGGUGAUUUUUGACUUCAGUCUGCACACUUGGCCCUUUUCUGACAGAUGUGCAAAAGUUGUAAGGAUAAUUCUAGUCAAAUCCAAAAUGAAAUCUACUUUCAUUAUCAGCCAGGUUCAUGGAUACAAAGUCUUCAUCGCUGUGUUCUAGCAGUUUGCUGUUCAUGCAAUAUCCAAUAUCUGCAGAUGUGACACCACUAGAUCAUUUUUGUAUGUAACUGAGGACUAUGCGACCACGCAGAGGGUCACCUGCUGACAAUGUAAAGCAAUAUGCCAGGAGGACAGUGACUCACAUACAGUCUGUUCAGGCUCUAAUGUGCGAUACUGUAAAUUUUCUCUCUCAGAAAUGAUUACAGACAGCAGCUGUGACAGAAAUUGUGGAUGGUGGCUCCAUAUAGUAAACAUAUAUGAAGAUGUGUUGGUCACUGCUUUCAUAGAUUUAUUAUGCAAUGGUUUCCUUCUGUGGCAAGGCUUAAAGCAAAAUGUGUGGCUGAACUGCUAAAGCAGUUACUUUACCUCAAAGAGAAAUAGUAUUUAAACACAUGUUGAAACAUGCUGUAGAUAGAUCGUUUAAGGGCAGACGGAUGGAUAGGAAUGAACGGAGCAGUGUCUUGCUUCAGUAUCUGCACAUUCUACAUUUUAAAACAAGCGCAUGCUCAGUAAACAUCUGCACUCUCAUACGCUUCUUGGUCGUCUCAGCGUUCGGUCGGUGAAGGUGUUGGGAAGUGGUGUAAUAUAAUUAACCAUGCUGUCAUGUUGUUUCAAUAGCCAACUAACAAUUACUAAAGAAUUACACAAAUAUAUCUCGGUUUCUUUUCUCAUCACGUUUUGAACCUACUCUUAUGUAGAGACAGGGGCUACUAGAAUAUUCUUGCAGGUUGUUUUUGUACUCUUCGAUGUUUGCAAACCUGACGUGUGGGACAUUUUGGGACUUAGGUGGAAGUUGCUUUCUAGUUAAUCCUGUGAUGGACUGAGCCGCUCUCUUCCAAACCUCCAAACGAGAUGCAAAGCCCGUAGUGUGAUUAGAGGCAAACUAUGGAGCGGCACCUUCAACACUGAAUGGUUAAGUAAUGAUGGACCAAUGCAAUUUCUAGGCUGCGUUCAGACAGAAGUGAGAAACAAGGAAGUACACCUUGUGUUGUCAGGUUAUAUAUAAUUCAAUAAUUCAAUAGUAUGGUUUUCUGGUUUCUAGCUUUGGGAGAGAAUUGUUCAAAACAAAAAAUGUUUAAAAAGGUUCAUAGGUUUACUCGGUAGGUGAAUUCUCUUUGGGUGGACUUUCAUUUUGGGUUGUAAAGGAAUGUAAUUGUAUGAAAUUUGUCUUGUAAAAUGACAAAAUAAAAUACUAAGCACUAUAA